UCGAUGGAUAUGAAUUCCAAUACAUUAACCCCUCUCAAUAACCAUGUCCAGAACUAAGAAGUGCAUCAUAUUCACCAUUGUCAUUAUCGUUUUAAUUCUCAUUUCCUUGUUCAUCUUAUGGCUCAUGACCAUGACCCGCAAACUCAAGUUCCAAGUGAACAACGCCAACUUGACCCAAUUCAACUUAACCGACGACAGCCAACUCCUCUUCCAACUUAGCCUUAACAUGACGGUCAAAAACCCUAAUCGUGGCUUUGGAGUGUUCUUUGACAGCAUCGAAGUGGCUGUGUUGUAUCAAGGCAUUAAGUUUAGCAACGUGUCUUUGUCGCCAUUUUACCAAGGUCAAGAGGGAAAGAGUUCGCUGAAUUUUAGGUUUGAUGGUCAACAAUUGAUGAAUCUUGACGCUAAGCAACUGGCUGUGUUCACUUUGGAGCAACUUGUUGAUAUCUUCUCCAUUAAAGUGGAGCUUCGUCUUCAUAUGAGAGUUAAGAUUGGUUUCAUUAGAAUCAAACUCAAUCCCAAGGUUCGUUGUGGCCUUAAUCUUCCCUUGAUUUCUCAUGAAAGAUCGUUAUUUCGGUUUCGGAUUAUCGGUUGCUUCACUCUUGACAAAUUCUCUAUAUAUUUAUUCAUCUUCCAAUUUAACAUCAUCCCCAAAAAAAAGAAACUCUUGACAAUGGCACGCUCUAUAUGGUGUCUUCUAAUAUCCGUCAUUAUUGCGUUCGCUAUAUCUUUUGGGGGGUCUUUAUUGAUCUUAUGGCUUAUUUUCAUAACCAACAAGAUCAAAUUCGAUGUAACCGAUGCCAUUCUUACUCAAUUCAACUUCACCAACAAUGACACUCAACUCCAUUACAAUCUCGGUGUUUUCUUCACCAUUAGAAACCCUAAUAAGCAAAUAGGAAUCUACUAUGACACCAUUGAAGCAACUGCAAUGUAUAAAGGUCAAAACUUUGACACCAGAUUGCUAACCCCUUUUUACCAAGGCUCGAGGACUACAAGCUUACUUAAAGGACGAUUUCAAGGGCAGCGGGUUGUGGUAAUUCCCAACAACACGGUUUCUGAAUUAAAGUCUGAGAAACUUUCUGGGGUUUAUUCAAUUGAGGUCAAAUUUCGUCUUUCGUGGAGGUUGAAAUUAGGGCUUUAUAAAUUCAUUAGAGUUAGGCCUAAAGUAGGAUGUGGUUUCCAAGUUCCAUUAACUUCUAGUGGAACUUCUUCUUUUCAGAAUGCUAUUGGUUGUGAUGUUGAUUAUUGAUUCUUUCAAAGAAAUUUGUGUUAUGUACUCAAUUAUCAUUUGUAUUUGAUUGAGUUUUUCUGGUUUGGAUCUUGUAAUUUGUUAGAGAACUUCAAUGCAUCUUUCUGGAAAUUGAAUAUUUAAUUGCGAAA